UGGCGUUGAGGGGGGGGCUGCUGGACGGAGCGAGAGCCGGCGCAUAUGGAGCCCAGGAGCACCUUUCCCUUGAGGUUUGCUGGUGCUGUCACUGGCUGAUGUGCCUUCUCUAACCACAGCCAGAGGGGUUCCCACCAGGAGCCUUCCCCAGGAGGCAGGAUGAAGAUUGUGGUGGCCAAAGUGCUGUGUCUGCUGGGCAUCUGUGUCCUCAUGCUGGCUGGCUCCCUCCUCCCUGUCAGGAUAAUCGAGGCUGAUCAUGAGAAAGCUCAUCUCUCCAAGAAGGUUCUCUCCCUCUGUAAUUCUUUUGGAGGAGGGGUGUUCCUGGCCACCUGCUUCAACACCUUGCUGCCUGCUGUGAGGGAAAAGCUCGAUGAAGUUCUCAGGCAAGGAAACGUGACCACGGACUACCCAGUGGCUGAGACCAUCAUGAUGGUGGGCUUCUUCCUGACAGUCUUUGUGGAGCAACUCAUCUUGACCUUCCAGAAAGAAAAACCUUCUUUCAUUGACUUGGAGACCUUCAAUGCUGGUUCAGAUGUGGGGAGUGACUCCGAGUACGAGUCUCCUUUCAUCGCCCCUUCCCGCGGGCGCGCGGCGUACGGCGACCGCCACAGCCACGGCCUCAGCAUCCAGGAGCUCACCCACUCCGGCCCCUUGCGUCUCCUUGGGCUGGCCUUUGCUUUGUGCACUCACUCCAUCUUUGAAGGCCUGGCUUUGGGUUUGCAGGAAGAAGGUGGCAAAGUCAUGAGCUUGUUCCUAGGAGUCGCCGUUCACGAGACGCUGGUGGCGGUGGCGUUGGGCGUCAGCAUGGCCAAGGCCUCGUUGCCUCUGAGGGAUGCUGUGAAGGUGGCUGUGACAGUGAGCUUGAUGAUCCCUCUGGGCAUCAGCAUAGGGAUGGGGAUUGAGAGCACUCAGAAUGCAGCCAGCAGCGUGGUUUCCCUGCUCCUGCAAGGCAUUGCUGGCGGCACUUUCUUGUUCAUCACCUUCUUUGAGAUCCUUGCGAAGGAGCUGGAAGACAAGAACGACAGGCUGUUGAAAGUUCUCUUCCUGGUGCUGGGCUACACAGCUCUGGCUGGGCUGGUCUUCUUCAAGUGGUGAGCAUGGGAGGGACUGGAAGCAAACCUCACCCCUUUCCCUUGCAGACAGCCCUGGAGAUGAGUUCCCUGCUUCACUUGAGGGGACACUGAAGCUCCCUGUGUGAGUGAAACACCAAGAUCCAGGUGGCAUCUCCAUACUGACCUCAAGAAGGAGAAUUUCUUCCUGGGUGCUCAGAGGGAGAUGAAAAUGAGUGUCACGAGGUGUUGGCCCUGCUCACUGGACCCAGGGGUGCAGCAGCUUGUGAGGAGAUAAGCUGGCACAGACAUCAGGAGUCUGGUUCUGAGGCUGCCUUCAGGGAACCUGUCAGGAAGGUGGUUUCCUGAUGCUCUGUGCCCCCUCCCUCCUUCCCCACUCUGCUUCCUUCACUCUCAGCCUCCGAGGAGGUGAGAAACAAGAAGAGAAACCGAGUCCCAAGCAGGUGGGAUCAGGGAUUGUGCAGCUGCCCUAAGCAGCUUUUCUAGCUUAGUUUUGAGCAAAACCUGGCUGUAAUAGCUGCCAAAAAUACCAUCCCUUUUGGGGCUGCUUCACUGGAGCAGAGCUUCCCUUUUAACCCACCCGUGGCUCUGGGAGCUUUUGUUUCUGAGUGAUUAACAGAAGCAGCAAGGCUGGCCCCUUGUCCCCUGCUUCCUUCUCUGCACCUCCUCCAGAUCCUGAGCCUUCCCCAAAGAAAACCUCCUGCUGUGUGUUGAUGUGUCUGCAAAUCCCCAGCCCUGGAGGGAUCCCACAGCCCUGGAGCUGAGGUGCUGAGGGCUGGGUUAGUGGUGGGCUGGGCAGCGUGAGGGGAGGGCUGGGACUCCAUGGGCUUAAAGGGCUUUGCCAACCAAAAUGAUUCUGUGAUCUUAAAAUCCUCCUCUCCUCACCCUGAGGCCCUUCCCCAGCACUCCCUGGGCUGUUAGUCUGUAAGAAACAGGCAGCAGCAAUUUCCAGCAUGAAUAUUUUAAGGCCAAGUGCUUGUAUUUAAAUGAUUUGCAGUGAAACGGGCUCCAGCAGUCACCAUCCACCCCAGGGGGCCGAGCUACUCCCCGAGCCUCGGGUCAGGCUUUUCAAAGCAGAAAUCUCUUCCCCUGGGGGUUUGUGAGGUUGUGAUGAGGCUGAUGAGAGGCACCUGCCGUGUGACUGCACACAGCAGCUCUGCAGGAGCCUGGGGAAGCUCAGUGUGGCUGCAGAUCCUGCCAGAAUCCUUCGUGUUUCUCCUCCUAGGAGAGGAGCUGGGAUCAGAGAGGCUGGAGCUGGGAUCAGAGAGGAUGAAGCUGGGAUCAGAGAGGCUGAAACUGGGAUCAGAGGCUGGAGCUGGCAUCAGAGAGGCUGAAGCUGGGAACCUGUCCUCCCUCUUCACAGGGGCUGCAUUUCAAUCAGCUGCAGCCUUUGCUUCUGCAGCAGCUUCUGCAGAGCUGAGGGAAGUGCUGAUGGAAUUCUAACGCAGCUCAGGCCCUGGGAGGGUGAUCCAGAGCCAGAGGAAGGAUGAGGGGAGAGUGGGAAGCAGCAGCUCGGAGCCAGGGGCUGGCACAGCUGCAGCAGAUGGAGGCUGCUGAGCCUCAGCUGACAGUUCCUGCCUGCUCGCUAUUUUAAUUGCUGCAACCUCCCCAAGUCAAUUAAUCUUGCUUUGAAAAACCAGGAGUGGAAGAGGGAGGAGGGAGGCUGGUUAUUUUAGGCCUGGGAUGACACAAAUGAGCCAGGCCUGAGGAGAAUGUCAUUUGCUUGGAUGUGACAAACCUGUGUGUGAGUGCACCUAGGGCAGGCAGCUGGUGGGAGGAGGGGGCAGAGGAGAGGGAGAAACGAGGUUGGGGCACAGGGCUGAGUGUCCCUGCUCAUACCUGAGCCUCUCCUUUCCUCUUCCCUUGCUGCAGUUGAUGCUUUUCUUGUGGUUUUGGGGGGAAAAAAAUGCCUCUUCCAGAGCUGGGCUGAGGGCAGGGCCCUGAGGGCAGCCUGCACCUCCCUCUGCUCCUCUUCCUCCUCCCCCUGCAGCCUGGAGGCUGAUGUAUAAAGCUGAGUUGUUGGUGGGAGGAGAGUUCUUAACCUGCUUCCAAAGCAGGGGGAGGGAUCCCCCUGGGUCAGGGGGUAGCAGGGCUGGAGCAUCCCCCUCCCCUCCUCCCAGUUUGGGCUGGGGCUGGCUGGGAGUCACAAAGCACCAGGAGCUCUCCUCCCUCUUCUUGCCACCUUGGGGGGCUCCUUGGUGCCUGGGGGGGA